CUUAUGUUUUUGAGCCUACAGCUUGCCGUACAAAAACAAAUAUGGCGUCUUCUGCGGAUGUCCACGUCCGAAUUUGUGGACAAGAAAUUAUAAAAUAUGACCUAGAAAUUAAGGCUAUUGUUCAGGACAUCAGGGAUUGCCCUGGACCUCAGUCAACUCUCAUGGAGCUCAACUCUCAGGUCAAAGAGAAGUUCAACAAGCUCAGACUCAGAAUACAGGAUCUGGAGCAGAUGGCCAGAGAGCAGGACAGAGAGACGGACAGACUGGCCAUCCAGGCGGAGACAGAGAGCCAGCGAAGACAAAUGCUGAGUAACCAGACUGCGUGGAGGAAAGCAAACCUGGCAUGUAAACUAGCCAUAGACUACACGGAGAAGGACGAGCUGCUGCGUGGAGGAGAUUACCAGAGCAUCAGACAGAGGAAGGCGACCAAAGAAAGCUUAGUAGAAACCAGUAGCAACAUCACGGAGAGUUUGAUGUCUAUGAGCAAGAUGAUGGCUGAAAAUGUGAAGCAGAGCGAGGACACCAUCGGCACGCUGGCCACUUCCUCCAGGACAGUGCAGGAAACCAACGAGGAGUUUAAAAGCAUGACAGGAACCAUCCACCUGGGGAGGAAACUGAUCCUCAAGUACAACCGGCGGGAGUUGACAGACAAGUUGCUCAUCUUCCUCGCUCUGGCCCUCUUCUUCGCCACCGUCCUCUACAUCCUUAAGAAACGUCUCUUCCCCUUCAUUUAGCUCGCUGGCUAAAGAACACACUCGGGCUUUAGCAAGAAUGUUUUCCAGUGAUUUCACUCAGCGGAAAGUUACCACCAGGACUUUCAGUAGGUAUGAAGUAAAAGCUGGACCUACAUGGAGAGUUGGAAGCAGUCCUGAGACUGGACUGCCACACAUAGACGGUGAUUAGUGAAAACUUUUCAUCUUGUUUAGCACCCUGGUUUUUAAAUUGAACAAUAUGCAAUAUGUGGGUUUAUAAAAUGGAUAUUAAGGAUAAAUGUAAACUGGCAUUGUGUGUGUGUGUGUGUGUGUGUGUGUGUGUGUGUGUGUGUGUGUGUGUGUGUGUGUGUGUGUGUGUGUGUGUGUGUGUGUGUGUGUGUGUGUGUGUGUGUGUGUGUGUGUGUGUGUGUGUGUGUGUGUGUUUCAAAGACGCCAUUGUUACAGUUAUUGACGAGUUUACCUUGUGCCUUUCUUCUUACGGACGUCCAGACAACUCAUUUUAGAAAGGUGAUACUUACUGAUCCUGUAAAGGUCAUGUUGAGUCAGAGACUGUGUGAAUGUUGAACAAUGUUUGUUAAAACAACAAUAUUUUCCAUUUCCAUAUAAUGAGGGAUAAGUUGAAGCGUUGCCACAGAUCGGCAGUAGUGUGCAGGAUACCAAACAUCAGAGAUGCUAUACUAUUAGUUCGUGUGAAGAAAUAUUUUACAGGACUGACUAAUGACCACACUUCUCUCUUUCCAGUGACGACAUUGUGGUUUAUUUAAUUUCAAUCAAAAAUGCUUACAAAUGUAUUUUUCGAUGCAUUUAAAUAAAAACUUAGAAAACGUAGCUUGAAA